UGAAUGCUGUUCUUACCAAAAACGAGUCUUGCAUGAUAUCUGUGUCCUGCAGCUCGCACUCGGUCCUUUCAUCAUCUGCCUCCAAACCCAAAUCUAUCUGUCCUUCUGCCCAAAUGGCGUCUGCUAUGCAGCUUAAUGUUAAGCCAGUCAGACUUGCUUUUCAUUCUAGGCUAGCUUCCAAACACUCCCAUAAACCUACCAGAAUUAGGUGCGCCGCAGCCGCAGCCGCCGCCACACCAUCUAGACGCUACUCCAUCACUCUCCUUCCCGGUGAUGGCAUCGGCCCCGAAGUCAUCUCCGUGGCCAAGAAUGUCCUUAAGCUUGCUGGAUCUCUCGAAGGCAUUGAGUUUAGUUUCCAAGAGAUGCCUAUGGGUGGAUGUGCUUUUGAUUUAGCAGGUGUCCCAUUGCCGGAGGAAACCCUUUCUGCUGCUAAACAAUCUGAUGCAGUUCUUCUCGGAGCUAUUGGAGGGUAUAAAUGGGAUAAUAAUGAAAAACAUUUGAAGCCAGAGACUGGGUUGCUUCAGCUUAGACAAGGGCUUAAUGUCUUUGCAAAUUUGAGGCCAGCUACCGUCUUACCCCAGUUAGUGGAUGCUUCAACUUUGAAGAAAGAGGUUGCUGAAGGUGUUGAUAUCAUGGUUGUAAGGGAGCUUACCGGAGGUAUUUAUUUUGGAAAACCAAGGGGAUUUGGCACCAAUGAAUCUGGUGAGGAGAUUGGCUUCAACACCGAGGUGUAUGCUACACAUGAGGUUGAUCGCAUUGCACGUGUUGCAUUUGAGACUGCUAGGAAGCGACAUGGAAAACUCUGCUCUGUUGACAAAGCAAAUGUCCUGGAGGCAUCAAUGUUUUGGAGGAAAAGGGUAACAGCCAUUGCAGCAGAAUAUCCUGACAUCGAGCUCUCACACAUGUAUGUGGACAAUGCUGCGAUGCAGCUUGUUCGCAAUCCAAAACAGUUUGAUACAAUUGUGACAAACAACAUAUUUGGUGAUAUUCUAUCUGAUGAGGCUUCAAUGAUUACCGGAAGUAUAGGGAUGUUGCCAUCAGCUAGUCUUGGUGCAUCGGGACCUGGAGUUUUUGAACCUAUACAUGGUUCUGCCCCUGACAUUGCUGGACAGGAUAAGGCCAACCCAUUGGCAACAGUGCUAAGUGCUGCAAUGCUUUUGAAGUAUGGUCUAGGGGAAGAAAAAGCGGCGAAGAGAAUUGAGAAUGCAGUUCAGGAUACCCUGAAUAAGGGGUUCCGGACGGGUGAUAUUUACUCUGCUGGAACUAAACUAGUGGGAUGCAAUGAAAUGGGUGAGGAAGUCCUGAAAUCAGUAGAUUCCUCGGUUCUAACUGCUGUUUAAAACGAAACCAAACUACCACCAAAUUCAGGAGCUCAAUAUGUUUGCACCAUUACUUCAGUCUUGAGCAUCUUCGCAUCGUGAUGGGCAGUUGAAAGAGAUCUAUUUUUUCCCUCAAAAUUUUAGUCGCCAGCUUUUGAAUAGGUAUUGUAAUUUGUUGGAGUCAGUAUUGUAGCAAGAAAGAUGCAGCAAAAUCGGAACAGAGUCAAAGCCUUAGCAUUACAGAUUUUCAUUUACACCCUGGUUAAGGAAGCCUGUUGUUUCACGUUGGACUGCUAAUUUGUGGAAAAUAAAUUAAAUGUUUCAGAUCGAUA